AUGUCUUCUGAUGCCAACAAGAGAUUGGAAGAUGUUUCAGAUAAAGCAAAUGUCAAUUCAUUAUCAAACCAAACCUCUUCUCUUGUGGGUGCUGCUACUGCUGGUGGAAGAUCUAUGGUGUAUCAACUAACAUCUUUUUACAUGAGGACUCCGUUAAAAUUGUUCAGACCAGCUAGAUUUGACUAUACUCAUUACAUUCGAGUACUUCUUACAGGUAGCGAUAAUACACAGUCCGAGACAAAAGUACGAAGUUCGAGGUAUCGGUUUUGGAAUCCAAAGUAUACUUAUUAUUUGGAGAACUCUUCAAUCGGAAUCGUCACUAAAGCAUUGAACAGAUAUGGUUGGAAAGUCAUACCUGACAGAAUUUUACCGCCAUUAGUAGCCAAUUCGCUGGCGGGAGUUGUGCUAUACACUACUUAUUUAGCCACUUUGAAUAAUUUUCCGUUGAGGGCUACAGAUCAAGCUUUUCAACAUAAUAUGUUUGAUUUUUUAAGAGCAGGAUUCCUUGCAGGUGCUGCACAAGCCAUUGUCUCAGCUCCAAUAGAUGCCAUUUAUACAAGAGCAAACAUUGAUGAACUUUUAUCCAGCGCAAAAAAAUAUGAUAAUCUAUGGCUUUAUAGUCGUGAUAAGAUCAGAGAGAUUGGUUUGAUUGGCUGCUUUGGUGGGUUUGGAUUAUCAUUCAUAAGAGAAUCCUUUGGCUUUGCAUUGUAUUUCACUACUUUUGAAAUGAUCAGAGGACCAAUUCGCCAAUUGAUGUUAGAUUUUAUCAAGAAUUAUAGGGAACUAAAAUAUACGGUGCAGAACACAAGACUCUCGGAUAUAUUUUUCGAUGAAGAUGGUAAUAAGAUUGAAACGAAGAAACCAAGGUUAAUUUCUCCUAAAGAGGAAAUGUGGUAUUCAAGAGUUUUCAUUUUUAUUGGAGGUGUUACAGCAGCUUUUGUUCUUCAAUCGGUGCAAUUCCCGUUCCUAAAGCUACAGAAAAUCCACGUCUCUAGACUUGAAGCGUACGAUAUUUAUCUCAAAAAUCUACCAUCAACGUCUAGUACAACUAUAGGAAAUAUUCCAAAUACGAAAAUAAGGAUACCCAAAGGCAGUAGUAGGUUUCACAUCUAUUACAACUCAUACUUGGAUACAUUCGAGCAUGUGUUCUUUUUCAUGAAGAGAAGUAAGAGAGAAACCAUUGCUUGGUUAUAUAAAGGUUUUACUAGGAAUACUUUGGCAAUUAUUCCUGGAACUACUGCCGGUCUUCUUUUGCUUGAUUAUAUGAGGUCGCAACUGCGUUCUCCUGAGGAGUAUAAACGACUGCAAUGA